CAUUGAAGUAGUGCAUAAUAUAGUUUGCGAGCAUUGUACCUUUUUUUUUUAUUGAAAGAUGACUCUUUACACAAUUUCAAAUUUUACGAUGUGUUAAGAUAAAAUCGUCAUGCGAAUAAUAUUUGUAAAGAAAUUUCGUCUACACGAAAUUAAGAAAUUUUAAUUAAAAUAGUAAUUAAAUUUACACCAAUGGAAUUCCGUAUUUUAUUACUAGUGCACGUUACGGGCUUUUGUCUUGGUUUGAGAGAUGUUCAAAUUCAAGUGCCAGUUGCUGUAAGAAGAGGGGAAAGUGUAACAUUAUUUUGCUGGUACGAAACAGAAGACGAUCCUCUCUAUAUCGUUAAAUGGUACAAAGCAAGACGUGAAUUUUAUCAUUUUGCUCCUAAAGAAUAUCCAGUAAUCAAAACAUUUCCCAUGGGAAACUUAAGGGUGAAUAUAGAAAGAAGCAAUGCAACUCAAGUUACACUUGAUAAUGUGGACAUUGACUCAGCAGACACAUACAGUUGUGAAGUGUCCGCUGAUGCACCAUCAUUUCAUACAGCUAUAGUUUCUGGCAACAUGAAAGUAGUUGAAUUACCUGAAGAAAAUCCAACUGUAACUGGAAUGCAACGAAAGUACAAAAUUGGAGAUUCAGUCAAAGUCACAUGUACAUCUGGUAAAAGUAGUCCUCCAACUAAUCUCACUUGGUUCAUCAAUGAUAGGCCGCCUUAUGAUGCACAUGUACGUACAAUAAGUCCUCUGGAAACGGAUGAAUCGACAGUGCAAUUCUCACAAAUUACGUUACAAUUUCUUGUAACAAAAGAACAUUUUGCUCAUGGAAAAUUAAAAAUACGCUGCACUGCAUCUAUAUAUGCAAUAUAUUGGCAAUCUUCAGAAGUAAGUGCCGAAGAAGAUAAACUCAAUCGGAAUCAGGUGAAUUUUGUACCUGUAAUAACAGCUACAAGAUAUGGAGAUCCCUACUAUCAACCACCUCCAAAUCAUCAAACUGGACAGAAAAAGCCAGACGGACAAAUUGAUGUGAAAAUUCUCGGCUCCUCUGCAAGCAGUCCAAAUUCAGUGGUGCAAUUUGUUUUAGGAUUGUUAGUAUGUUUGCUAUCUGUCACAAUUUAAAAGUUUUACAUUAUAUAUAGUGCUUUGGAACACUCUAUAUUACAUAGAGUUUGACGUGCUUUACAAAAACAAAAAAAGUGUAUUAUAUUUCUUUCUUCUCAUUUUUUUAUUCUAAUUAAUAUAUCAUAUUUAUUGUAUAUAUACACAGUACAAAUCACUGCCACAUUUUUUUUGUUAUUUAAUUAUAAAUUUAAAUGUUAAUUUUAUUACAUAUAAGUGUUCAUUUUUUAAGAAAUUAGUUAUAUAUUUACAUAUUAGAAAUAAGCAAAAACAAUGCCUUCUCAAAAUACGCGAGUUUCAAAAAAAAAAAAAAAUACAUUUAAGUUUACAAUAAUUGUGUAAGUAUUUAUGUGGCAAAUUUUCUUGUGACAAAAUUUUUAUAAUCAAAGAAAAAAGAUAUUUAAGAAAUAUAUAAAAUGAAACGACUUUUAUGUCAUCGAAAAGAAAUUUAUUGUGAAUAAUAUAUAAUUAUAUGCGCUUAUACCUCUAAAUGCCGUCUAAUAUACAACAUUAAUUAUAAAGUAUUUUAAUGAAACAAAGACGAUUGAUUAUAUAUACAAAUUAUACAAUACUAUAUAUAUACAUACUACUAUAUUGUUUAAAAAAAUCAGUGUUUUUAACUGACUUUGUUUUGUAAAAAUUAUGACAUGACAAUAAUAAGCGACAGAACGCUUAAAAGUGCGUUUUGUAAUU